GUUUUGUUGCAGUGUUGCAGACUUUCUUGUCACUUGGAGAUGAGAUCGGCACAAGUCAUUUUCACCCUAUCCCUCCUCACCCUUGUGGCAAGUAAAUAUGAUCCAACAUGGGAAUCACUAGACUCCCGUCCCCUUCCCCCUUGGUACGAUGAGGCCAAGUUUGGUAUAUUCAUGCACUGGGGAGUGUACUCAGUACCUAGUUUUGGAACAGAGUGGUUCUGGUACAGAUGGAAACAUGACCAGGAUCCAAGUUUUGUGGAAUUCAUGAAGAAUAACUAUCCACCUGACUUUGAGUAUCAAGACUUUGCCCCAAUGUUUCAUGCAGAAUUCUUUGAUCCAGACUCUUGGGCAGAUCUUUUAACAAAGUCUGGUGCAAGGUGGGAAUGGACAAUUCAUGAUUUGUUUUAUACUUCUAACUACUAAGAGUGACUAGCAUGACUACUUCCUUCUAACAUUACAAAACUCCCUUUAGUCACACAGAGUAUGUGUCAACUGUCAGCUAUUUAUCAUCAUAUUGUAGAUUAAAAAAACCUUCCAACUUCACACUGUCCUUUGUCUCUGAGAACCAUGAUUAUACCACUAGAAGUACAUCUUGCAGCUCUUAAACCCUAGCAACUUCAGAGUAAAAAUUAGGAGAUUCUGUCCAACAGUUAUUGGAUGCUAUUUUAAGUGACAUUCAUAUAUAUAUAUAUAUAUAAUUAUAUAUACAAGUUAAAGAAUUAAAGAGGACUCAUCGAUUCUCUGUGACUCUGAUUUUUGUGCCUGUCUGAUGAGUGCUUAGGUGCGAAACUCAGUCACAGAGAAUUGAUGCGUCCUCUUUAAUUCUUACCCCCACAUUUAUAUAUAUAUAUAUAUAUAUAUAUACACAUAUAUAUAUAUAUAUGAGAGAAGCCCAUUAGCAAACUAUUUAAGAGAGCACUUUUCAUGUUUUAUCUCAGCAUUGAUCAGUGUAUUCUUUUGACUAUGUACUAAUUAAAUAUCUGUUUUUUUAAGCUGUGAUUCUUCUUUCCCUCUCAUUUCUGCUUGUGUGUUACUGUGUGAAAAAUUCAAUUUAAAGUAAAGGGCAUCAAAUUUGCUUGCUACAUUAUACCUUUCUCCAUUUUCUCUCUCCUUUAUAAUUUUUUAAAAGGUUGUCUAUUGUUGAAAUGGAGGAAACAAAAAAUACAAAAAUACAAAUACAAAAAGAAUCAUACAUCAAGGUCACAAGUGUAAAAGAAAAGAUCACAAACCCCACUAUGUAUUUGCAUAUAACUCAGUUUCUACAUAGAGUGAUAUGCUCGUGCUCAAUGCCCACUGUGCUGUACUGCAAAUGAUGUGUUUUUCAGCCAUAGUUGUAUCUGUUCUCAUUUGUGAAAAAUGGCUGAUAGCUUCCCCAAGCUGGCAGAAGGUGAUUUCUCUUAACCCUUUACACCCUAACAUCAGUAUGCAUAUUCUCCAUACUGUUCUUUAAACAUUUCCUAAAGUGCUGACAAGGAGAAUUUGUGUAACAAUCAUCAUGACUUUAACAUGUGGUUCGCAGGUGAUAAUGUGAGGAGAAAUUAGUUGCUAGUCACUCUCAGGGAUCAAAGGGUUCAUGAAAAGUUAUGAAAAAAGUGGAGUGUAACACUUAUAGUUGAAAUAUAAAACAAUUUACUAAAUUGGGUUUUUUUUAAAAUAUCAUCAUUAUCCUUCAAUGUCUGCCAGAUCAAUUGUUUGUCUCAAUGGUCAGUGUGGUAAAUCAAGGGAUUACAUUAUUUUGUUCAACCUUUUUCUUAGAUAUGUAGUCCUGACCAGUAAACAUCAUGAAGGUUGGACAAACUGGAGAUCAAAUGUAUCAUGGAACUGGAACUCUGUUGACAAUGGUCCACACAGGGAUCUUGUGGGUAGGGAAAAUUUAAAGGCUAAAUAUGUGCGUGUGUGUGGAAGUAAAGAUUAUUAGAACUCCUCUUUAUUUUUCAUUUUCAGGGGAACUGGCAACAGCCAUAAGAAAUAGAACAGACAUCACAUUUGGAUUGUAUCAUUCACUCUUUGAAUGGUUCAAUCCUCUCUAUUUGAAGGAUCGUGCCAACCACUUUGAGACACAGGAUUAUGUAGAGGUAUAUUGAUACAUGGUCCUUUUUGUCCUGCUGUCUCUUACAUUUGAAUACCCAAUAUGUUUUUACAUCAAAUCAUUCUGGUCAACUAGCCAACCAGGUUUUUAAUGGAAUUCACUCAGAUAAACAAAUCUGUAGUUGAUUUAAAAACAAAAAUCCUUUACCAAAAACUCUGUAGAAAAUCUUGCCAACUUAAGCAUGAGUGUAAGCAAGAACUACACAACAAAGAGUCAAAACAUAAAAUUCAGUUCAUAUUACAAGACUGUUAUCAAAUGUACCAGUCAUACUAGAACGUUGAAGAAGAGCCAGCUAGGAAGGUGUGAAACAAGCUGAUAAUUGUAACAAGAAUGCCAAAAAAAAAGCAAGAAUAAAGGGCCAAGUAUAAUGACAUGUAAAUUGCCUUAUGGAACACAUUUAAGUAAGUUUGAUGAUAAUAUAAUAAAUAACUUCUUGUUAAUGCACAACAAAAGGGUAAAUACACAAUAGUUUAAAGAUGAAUUCCUCUCAGGUUCUUGAAACAUCAGUCAAGUUUAUUCAAAAUUUGUAAUAAAUUCAGUGAAGAGGUUCACUUGUGGCAGUAUUUCAAAAGAGUGAAAUUGUUGAGUUUAUGUAGAACAAAUUACCAGUACAAUACUUGAGCUGUUGUAUAAUUAAUUAUCUUAUCCUGUUUUUUUUUUCCAGCAAAUUUUGAUGCCAGAGUUGUAUGACCUGAUUAACACAUAUAAACCUGAAUAUUUAUGGUCAGAUGGUUCAAGUGGACCUGACACUUACUGGGAGAGCACAAAGUUUCUUGCCUGGCUUUAUAAUGAGAGGUAAAGAUGAUACUUUGAACUGACUUCAAAAGAUACGAUUCUACUCUGAUACUUUUAGUUUCAAAAGGGAUUUGAAAACCAUAUUUUUGGCUACUGCAUAUAUGAAGAAUAGUAAUGUAAUGAUCUUUGUUGUGUUAAGGGUGUAGCCUUAAACUCCCAGAAGUGAUUAACAUUUAACUUCUCGCUAAAAUGUCCACACAUUAUACAUCAAACAGGAAAUGGGAAUACUCAAAUGCAUCAGGUUGGAGUUGUUAUCUUGAACUAACACCAAAUUCUUGUAAAAAAUUUGCAAGGAAAUGUGUAGCAGUUAGUGGGGAGAAUUUACAAUCCAAUCUUGGAAGUUAAAGGGUUAAAGUAUGAUAGAAUAGUCUUCUGACAUCUGACCGUCUCUUGUCUAUUUACAAGUCCUGUUAAAGAUACUGUUGUGACAAAUGAUCGAUGGUGUGACAAUGGAUGUCUCUGCCAUCAUGGUGGGGUGUACACUUGCCACGACCGCUACAAUCCAGGUGAAUUGUAAUAUUGUUUUAUCAAAUAUACUGUUGUUUGCUGAAUAUGAUUUAAUUUUUGUAUGGCAUGGUGGCCACCUUGCCCUGUUGGUAUUAGCACCCAUUAAUUAUUUUGAAGCCAUUUCUUAAAGCCCUCUUCCAAUUUCUUUAAUUACAGUUUUCCUGCAUGGAUUAAUGUAUCCACUCAGCUUUAAGAAAUUCUAAUGGCAAUUUACUUGUAAGAAUCAAUUUGUUACAUAUUUUCACUGCCCUUUGGCAGUUUGUGGUAUUAGGGUUUUAUAGUUGACUGCCCUUUGGCAGUUUGUGGUAUUAGGGUUUUAUAGUUGACGCAGUGGGUUGAUACUGAUUUCAGCGAUUUUCUAAACAUCAUAAGUGGUGUAGCUUGGAUUUCAUUCAAGAGAUGACUGUGUUAACAGGUUAACAUAAUCAACAGUUGACUGUGUUGGUGAAUUUUUAUUUUAACAAAGGCAAAUUGCAAAAUCACAAAUGGGAGAAUGCACUGACAGUGGACAAAGGAUCUUGGGGCUACAGACGUAAUGUAGACAUUGGCUCCUAUUUGACCAUCAAUGAACUCUUAUAUCAGUUGGCAUCAACUGUUAGGUAAGGGUCUACAGCAAGGUCCUUUUGCACUUUAGAUUUCACAGCAGUAACUUGUCAAGCAUUAGUUAUAAAAAGAAUUUUUACUUGCACAAAAAGAUUUAAAGAUUCCACACAAUCUGAUCAUAAUUCUGUACUGUUAGUAAACCAUGUGAUAGUUGUAGUUAGUGUGGUAUGUAAUUGCACAGUUUGAGUUUAAGAAGAAGCAUUGGAAGAGAGGCCUUUUUUUAAAAGAAGAACACCCUCUUUUAGAAUUCUUCAUUCACAAUUUGCUCUAUGUCAUUGUUAAUUUGGAUUAGUUUUCCUCUCAAGUUUUUCCUUCCUUUGUUUUAGUUGUGGAGGGAACAUGUUGUUGAAUGUUGGCCCAACUGCAGAUGGUCGCAUUAUACCUGCUUUUGAGGAGAGAUUGCUUCAGAUGGGAGAAUGGCUGUGUAUAAAUGGUGAAGCUAUUUAUGGCACCAAACCUUGGAGAGCUCAGAAUGACACCGUUAACAAGGAUGUAUGGUAAGCUUAGACAACAUGGAAGUGAUGCUGAUAGUAAAUAAACUCUCAGUUGUUAUGCUUGAGUGGGCUUCUGGUCUUGCACUCUAACAUGUUCAUGUCCCUUUUUUAUCAACACAUAAACCUCUUAGACCCAAAGAGUGACCAGCAUCUAAUUUCUCCUUUCAGUAACAGUGCUGAAUCAUUCAUUAAGUUUAUAAGAAUAAAGGAAAUGAUCACCUACCUUAGGAAGCUUUGAUUGUUAAACAAAUUCUCUUUGUCAGUACCAAAGGAAAUGUAUAGAGAAGAGUAUGGUGAAAAUGGAUGCUCAUGUUAGGGAGUAAAGGGUUAACUCUUUAACUCCCAGAUCAAAUUUGUAAUUUUCCUUACUGUCAACCAUACAAUUCUUAUGAUGUUAGUUCAGAGAAUUUAGUACUGAAUCAACUAAUUAUCCUCAAAUUGAUAUUUUUCUUUAUUCUCAUUACUUAUCUGGUUGAUAUUAUAUCAAUAUUGUAAGGAGAAAUUCUGUCUCGGUCAUUUGUGGGAGUUGAAGGGUUAAGAGACAAAAAGAGACUUUUUAGCAAUUUUUUACAGGGUGACGUGUGCCAACUCGGGUUUCAUUUAAAUGUUAGAUUGUUUGGUUGUAUUUAUUUUGGUUAACUUUCACUGUAUUAGAGAUGAAACAAUCAGUGUAUUUAAUGUUGCUUCUGUAUAAAGUAUCAUGGAAUACCUUUAUUGAAUAAAUUUUUUUUUUAAUCACCAGGUACACGUUAAAAAAUGAGACUGUGUAUGCCAUUGUUCUUGAGUGGCCCUCUUCGGAUCACCUGAAUCUCGGAGCUCCAGUUUCCACGGCAGACACUCAAGUAACAAUGUUAGGUUAUGAUGGAAAAUUUCUUUGGGAGCCUGCCGGUGAAAAGGGUGGCAUGGUGAUUGUUUUCCCUCUCAUUGCUGUUAACAAGAUCCCUUCUAAAUGGGCCUGGGUUUUAAAAUUGGAAAACAUUAAAUGA